GAGGCUGCCACUUCGGGCCUUGGACAAAUUACAAAGCAGGGGGAGGGGGGGGAUAAGUGUAAUCCGCCUCCAUCCUCCGCCUAGGACUCCCUUCCGCCCCCGGGAAGCUCGUAUCCGGAGAGAGCGGACCGAGCCCGAUCCGACGAGCAGAGGCACGUUUCGUGGGGAGCCAGGAGGAACCAUCGUACUCAAUGACCUUACAGCGCAAUGUCAGAUCGUUUGGGGCAAACAGCAAAGGGGAAGGAUGGAAAAAAGUAUUCGUCGCUCAACCUGUUUGAUACGUACAAGGGCAAGUCCUUAGAGAUCCAGAAACCCACAGUCACUCCCCGCCAUGGCUUGCAGAGUCUCGGUAAGGUUGCCAUUGCCCGGCGCAUGCCACCCCCUGCGAACCUGCCAAGCUUAAAAGCGGAGAACAAAGGCAAUGACCCCAACGUCUCACUAGUGCCGAAAGACGGGACAGGAUGGGCAAGCAAGCAGGAACAGCCAGACCCAAAGAGUACCGAUGCCUCGACAGCUCAGCCGCCGGAAUCGCAGUCACCGCCGGCUUCACAGACGUCUGCCUCAAACCCACCGAAACGACCCCCAACAGCCCCCGAGAAUCCCCCUACAGUAGCAAGCGGGGUAAAGUCUUGGGCACAGGCCAGCGUUACCCAUGGAGCGCAAGGAGAUGGUGGAAAGGGAUCAAGCCUACUGUCGCGAUUCUCUCGCGAGGAAUUUCCGACCCUGCAGGCGGCUGGCGACCAGGACAAAGCUGGCAAAGAAAAGGACACUACCGAUGCGUCGUAUGGGCCCGGACCAAACCUCCGCCCCCAGAACGCAACCGGCUGGCGGGAUGGAGGCGGGCGGGGCACCGAUGGGGAGCUGCUGCCUGAGGAUGGACGGGCUGGGGUCGGCAUGCAGCCCAAUGUCCCGCCUCAGUUUCCUCCUUACCGGGGGAUGAUGCCGCCAUUUAUGUAUCCCCCAUACCUCCCGUUCCCGCCUCCGUAUGGGCCACAGGGACCGUACCGCUACCCCACAGCGGAAGCACAGAGGUUCCAGAGGCUCCCGGGACCCCGCCCCUCGCAACCUCCGCUGCGCAUGCCGGAGCCCGUGAGCAGGCCACCCGUCCUCAAACAGGAUGACCUGAAAGAGUUUGACGAGUUGGACCAGGAGAAUGAUGAAGGCUGGGCAGGAGCCCACGAAGAAGUGGACUACACCGAGAAGCUGAAAUUCAGCGACGAAGAAGACGGGAAAAAAGAGUCUGAUGAAGAAGCUGCUGCUGAGAACCGGAACGAUGAGGCUUCUGGCCCUGAAAGCCAGCAGUCGGGCCCAGAUGCAAAGAAGGCCGGAACCCCAAAAGAGGAGCAGCCUCCGGUAAAGAUGGCCUGGGCGGAAAACUCCCGUCCCCAAGAGGGCACCAAAGAGCCCCCGCCGCCACCCUGCCCCGUGGUCCGGCCGCCGCCACCUCCCCCACCCAACCGGGGCAACUGGGGGCAACCGAAUGACUUCCCGGACCGUCCUCUGCGGCCGCCCCCUCCGGAAGACGAGGACGAGGCCUGGCGUCAGCGCCGGAAGCAGUCGUCCUCCGAGAUCUCUGCCGCUGUGGAGCGUGCCCGGCGUCGGCGGGAGGAAGAGGAGCGGCGUAUGCAGGAGGAGCGGCGGGCCGCCUGCGCCGAGAAGCUCAAGCGGCUGGACGAGAAGUUUGGGGCGCCCGACAAGCGGCUGAAGCCCGAGCCUCCUAAGGAGCCGCCUGCCCCCCCUCCGGCCCCCGUGCCGGUGCCCUCCACCCCACCUGCUGCCCCACCUCCCCCAGAGGAGAAGCGGGAGAAAGAGGAGCCGGUUUUACCUAGCAAGGCGCGUGGUCCUGUCGGAGGCAGCAGCGGUGGGAGCAGCCAGGACUCAGUCAGUGCAGCUGAGCCACUGCAGACUCCUCCCCCCAAGGAAGUGGCCGAAGUGAGGGAAGAGGCCAUGCCGUUAUCCGCACCGGCUCUCCCGGCGGCCGCCGCCAUCCCAGCCAAGGCAGAGCCCAAGGGAGAGACAAUUCUUCAGACACGCCAGCCGCCUCCGGCUCAGACUCUUGGCUACUCCAAGUAUCAGAAGUCCCUGCCUCCCCGCUUCCAGAGGCAGCAGCAGGAGCAGUUGUUGAAGCAGUGGCAGCAGCAGCAGCACAACCAGGCUCAGCCCCCAAUGGCGUCCUCUGCACAGCAGCAGAUCGCCGCGCCUCCCCUGGCUGCCAUGGGCCCCUCGGGCAACGUCCACCCUCAGCCUGGGCCGCCCGGGCAGCAGCAAGCCCCAGCCCCGCCCCCGGCACAGCAGGCCCCGCCCAAAGGCAUGUACCCGGGCUCCAUUGGACGGCCUCCGCCCAUGCCGCAGAUGAACUUUGACCCUCGGUGGAUGAUGAUCCCACCCUACAUGGACCCACGCAUGAUGCAGGGACGGCCACCCUUGGAUUUCUAUCCACCAGCGGUGCACCCUUCUGGCCUCCUGCCCCGCGAGCGAUCCGACAGCGGGGGCUCCGGCUCGGAGCAGUUUGACCGCCACCCUCCCCUCCUCCGAGAGCGGGGCACCCCGCCAGUCGAUCCCAAGCUGGCCUGGGGCGGAGACGUCUUCACAAACGCCCCCUCGGCUGCAGACUCGCGGCCUCAAGCGGCAUCCCAUCGGCAGCAAGAGGAGGAGGAGAAGGGCCUGAGGAGCGAGACGCCUCCAGUCCGCCUACGUGAGGCCAUCACCCCCCAGCCCUAUAUGGGGAACUACCAAGGCUUCUCAGAGAAUGGCAGUUCCGCCCCACUGCACCGCUUCCCAGGGGAUGAGUCAUCACAGCCAGGGGGCCCCUGGCCAGGCAGUGUGGCUCUGACGGUACCAGCAGAGGUGAGCAGAAACGGACGCCCCGAACCCCAAGUCCAGCCGCCCCGCAAAAGUGAGGAAGAGCCCCAGCUGCUGCACCGCAACCCCCCCGAAGAGAUCAAGUCCAUCGAGCCCCCAGUCAUUCGGCCCGUAGUAGCUAAGAAACCUCCCUCCGAACAGUCUAAAGAGGAGGCCCCAGCCAAAGAGGAGACGCUGCGCCGAGUGGAGAAACCACCACGGCAGCAGCACGAGUUCCACAAGCAGCCACGGCGCGAGUCCAAGACAGAGACACGCUGGGGUCCCCGUCCGGGCAGCAGCCGAAGAGCGGAGGAGAUUGUUGGGGACAAGGUUCCGCGGCGAGCUGGGCCCAUCAAGAAACCGCCUCCCGUGAAGGAGGCGAAAGACGAGGGUGAGGAGGGGCGUCCUGGUGGGAAGGCCAAGGAAGGUGGGGAGCCGGUGAACAGCAAGCCCGAACCCCCUAAGGAGUCCCCAAAGCCAGGCAAAGAGAACAAGGCCAAGCCCGUGGUAAAUGGCGGGACAGUGAUGCCGCCCAAAGAUCAGCAGCAGGGGACGCUGUCCCCAAGCCGAAGGCGCCGAGAGGCCCCGUAUGAGCACGGUGGCUACGCCGGCCGCGGUCGCGCCAGGGGCCGGGGAGAGUAUUUUGCCCGAGGGCGAGGUUUUAGGGGGGCUUACAGCGGCCGCGGGCGAGGGGGCCGCGGCAGAAGCCGGGAGUUCCGCAGCUACCGCGAGCCCUUUUACCGGCUGGAUGACGGCACCAGCAAAGUUGCCGGACAGGGCUCCGCCUUCCGCCCGCGCAACACCAGCGAGACACGGAGCGAGGGCUCAGAGUACGAAGAGAUCCCCAAAAGGCGACGCCAGCGUGGCUCUGAGACGGGAAGCGAGACGCACGAGAGCGCCAGCGACGUGGCCCAUUCAGACAAGGAGGUCACCAAAGAACCAGCCCCGAGCCAGCGCAACAGGGGCCCCCCAGUGACUUCAACUUCAGUGCCCUCCCCUCAGCCCCACAGCUUGCCUCGCUUUGCCGACAAGAUGCCCCCACGCCUCUCCGACCCAGGCACUCGUGGUGGCCGUGUCUUCACUCCCCGCGGUGUCCCCUCACGUCGGGGCCGAGGAGGUAGCCGUGCACCCCCUGGCGGAUGGAGUCCUCCAUCGAAGCCACAGCCCAGCAAGAGACCCGAGAAGCAGCAAGAGAUGGUGGUGGAGUCUUUGGGGAAGGAAAAGGCUUUGCCAGGGCCCCCAUCAACAGCCCCCGAAGAACCCAGCAGCUUCCAAGGCCCGCCAAAACAACAGCAGCAGCAGCUUGGCUCUGGCCCAGACCGCAAUUUUGAUCGGCCUCCCCGGCGUCGCCGCCACGGGCGUUCCCAGCAGCAGGACAAGCCACCCCGGUUCCGCAGGCUGAAACAGGAGCGAGAGAACGCAGCCCGACUCAAUGGCGAGCAGAGGGUCAGCCAGCCCUUCUCUCCCGCCCCUUCUGCCCCACUUCCGGAAGAAUCCGUUGCACGGCGGGCCGCCGGCACAAAAUCUCCCGAUCUGUCCAACCAGAACUCAGACCAGGCGAACGAAGAGUGGGAGACCGCUUCAGAGAGCAGUGACUUCACUGAGCGCCGUGGGGGUGGCGAGAAGGAGCCGGCACCUGGCGGGCUCCCCCCCACUGCGUUCCUGAAAGGGGGCUGUUCCGGCGCCCCUUCCGUGGGCGGGCGGGCCUCCGGCAACGAGCUGAGCCUGGCCCAGCGCAAGGAGAUGUCGAAGCGCAGCUUCUCCAGCCAGCGGCCCGGCAUGGACCGACAGAACCGGCGCACGAACCCUGGUCCCGGCGGAGGAGGCAGGGCGGGUCGCGGAGGGGCCGGUGGCAGCCGCAACGGAGGUGACAAGAGGAGCUGGUCCUCUCCCAAGAACCGCAGCCGGAACACCGACGACCACUCCCCAGGCCUGAGCCUGCCUCCGGCGCCCACCACCAGCACGGUGUACCGCCUGGACCACGUCAUCCACAGCGACCCAGCCGGCAUCCAGCAGGCCCUGGCUGAACUGGGCAGCCGCCACACCAAGCCUGCCUCGCCCAGCCCGUCCCAGCCACUCUUCCCAGGGCCGGGAGGUGGCAGGUCUGCUCUUUCUUUGGGACGCUUUGAGAGCAGGAGUAGCAGUGGUGCAGACUCGUGCUUCUUGGACAAGACCCAGCUCCUCCACUCCAGCAGCGGUCCCCUGAAGGAGGCCAGCUCCGUGAGUGGCUUUGCCGCCAAGCGCCGGGAACGGCCUCGCAAGCCAGACCUGCUGCAGCAGGAGCCCCUGGCUUUCCCCAGUGGUCCCGCUUUCACAGCCCCCAAGGAGGAGGGCCCGGGGGAACCCCGCAGCAGGAGUGUCCCGGUGACGGAGGGGCUCGCCCCGCAGAUCUGGAGUCAUUUGAAUCCCAACUCCUCCCGGAAGAGCUACCGGCCGGCCUCAGUGGAGCCUUGGAUUGACCCGCUGAAUUCCUUCGAGGAGGCCGCCAGCACAGAGAUGAGCCUGUCGGACAGCGGCGUGGACCUCAGCAGUGACUCACAAGUCUCCUCAGCCACCUGUAGCCAGCGCAGCUCUCCUGAUGGGGGCCUGAAGGCCACGCCAGACAGCGGGGCCAAACGUGGCGGAGCUGUCGGCAAGCACGACGAGAACACGGCGUCUGUAGGGCCAGAGGGAGCAGAACUGAAGGAACAGAGAAGACGGCUGCCAGGCAGGGACUCUGGCCUGCUCAAGGAGAAUCAGGUGAGCAGCUCCCCCGAGCCGCCCCGCGACCACCCACCCCCUGGCGCGAUCGGCACCGAGCGUUCCCAGCGAGCGGAGAAGGCCAAAGAUGGCGCAGAGGGGAUGGGUGUGGCCAAGUCGGAGCUGAGCCCCCAGCUGGAGACCCCCGGGGCUGGCCCGCCCAUCCAGUUUGGAGCCAGCGACAAGGACACAGACCUCCGCUUCAUGGUGAGCGAAGGAUCCAAACCAGACAAAGAAGAGUUGCACCAGGCACUUGCGGAGGGGCUGACUUCGGCCCCCAGGGAGUGGGAGCUGCUCCCUCCGCCACCCCCCAGCCACAGGGCAUCCCCCGAGGCACCUCCCGGUCGCUCCUGUGAGCCCAAGCCUUUCCCUAUCGCCCCGGUGGCUGCCUCCUGUCUCCACGGACUGCUGGCGGACACCUCUGUGUUCUCAGGCGAGCGGGGCCAGGGCCAGCGACUGUACCCAGAGCUGUUUUAUGGGAACCAGGUCCCCACCACCCAGCUUGAGUCGCAGCUCCACGGUGCCGGGGGCGGGAGCAGCUUCCGCCCAAACACCCCUUCUCUGCACACUUACAGGUCCCAGCACCACCUCUACCUGCAGCCCAGCCCAGCUCCCACCUCUCCGGCUCAGCCGGCAGCCGGCGCCAUGCUGCCCAGUUCCACCUUGCUCUCAGGGGUGGCCCUGAAGGGCCAGUACGUGGAGAUCUCGGCCCUGCAGGCAGCUGAGCUUCCCAAGCUGCCGGCCACGGGCUUGCUCUACCAGGCGCCCCCGCCCUCCUUCAUCUACAGCUCGGCCUUCUGUGGCAGCCAGCUGGCUCCGGAGCAAGCCCUGCUUCAGGUACGCCAGGAGCUCCCCUCUCCCUCUGAAUUUUACCCAGCCCCCCUGGGGCAAGGCAACCAGAGCAAUUUCCUGACUGCCACAGCUCCUGCCCAGCAGGUGCUGUUGCCAAUGGUGGAGCCCUCCCAGCUGCCCCCCGUGAUGAACUUUGGCUCCCUGCAGCAGGGGCCUCCUGCGGCCCCUGCCCCACCGCCUCCCCCCAUGCCCUUGGUGCCUGUGGCCACCCAGGCCCUGCGGCCGCCGGGACAGCUGGCUGGGCGCCUCAUCUCUCCGGCCGUGCGGGCCUUUCCUCAUGGGGCAGUGGGCCGGGGCGAGCUUCACACUCUGGAAAUGAAACCGCUGCAGGACUACAGGAAGCUCAAUGGCCUGGGGUCUGUAGGGGCCCGACCCCCCUCUGGAGGCAGGCCUUUUGCCGGAGGCUUUAACGCCCGUCUGAAAUCCCCCGGAUCUGGCUACGGUGGCAUUUUCCGUGCCCAGCGCUUUGAGGUCUACCAGCAGUCUGAAGUCCUUCGCUGGACUCCUCGUGCCUGGGAGCGAGCAGCUCAACCCCGCGAUGGAGCUCCAGCCCGCCGCCUCGAGCCCGACGUCCGCCCCCAUGCUGACAAGCAAGACCCCGGGUUCUCCAGCCACCACUAGCCCAGGAUGCUGACCCCCCCUCCUCUCCUCUUUGGUUCUGUUAGGUCC